AUGAAAUUGUUGAACUUUCUGCUUAGCUUCGUAACUCUGUUCGGACUAUUAUCAGGUUCUGUGUUUGCACAAGAACUGAAAGAUCUGCCAGAAAUUACCCAAAAGGUCUAUUUUGAUAUUAACGAGGGAGACAAGUUUUUAGGAAGAAUUGUCAUUGGUCUAUUCGGAGAUGUCGUUCCAAGAACUGUGGAGAACUUCUACCAAUUGGCCAUCAGUGAAGAUCCUGACUUCGGUUAUAAGGGCUCCAAAUUCCACCGUGUCAUCAAGGACUUUAUGAUCCAAGGUGGUGAUUUUACUUCAGGAGACGGCAGAGGAGGAAAAUCUAUCUACGGUAGCAGAUUCAAGGACGAGAACUUCAAACUCAAGCACGAUCGCCCUGGGCUGUUAUCCAUGGCCAAUGCCGGAAAGGAUACCAAUGGAUCUCAGUUUUUCAUCACCACCGUGGUGACUUCGUGGUUGGACAACAAACAUGUUGUCUUUGGCUAUGUCGUUGAUGGGUUCGAUGUUGUCAAGAAGAUUGAGUCCACCAAGACUUCCGGUAGUGCUCCAAAGGAAGACAUUGUCAUCGUUGACUGUGGAGAAGUCAAAGAGUCUGUUGAGGAUGUCAUCAAGGACGAUGCUGAAGAUUACGCCGAGGCCAUCGAGGAGGUCGUGAAAGAUGAGUUGUAG